CACACACACACACAAAAAAAACAUGUCCUUGUUCGAACAGAACAUGAAUGGAUCAACCAGAUCCGCAAAACCCUAGACGAAGAGCUCGAAGAAGAGGCCGAAACCCCCGUCACAAUCUUCGGUGUUCCCAAAGCUCUAAUGGCGACCGACCCUAAUUCUUACAUCCCACAGCAAGUCGCCGUCGGCCCCUACCACCACCUCCGCCCCGAAGUCUACGAUAUGGAGCGGUACAAAAUCGCCGCCGCCAAAAGAAACCAACUCGAUCUCCAGAAGGCCAAGUUCCAAGAUUUCGUCGACCAUCUUAUGAAACUCGAGCUCAGAAUCCGCGCCGCCUACCACCGGCCGUUGGCCUUCGGCGGCGAAGCUCUGGCUUGGAUCAUGGCCGUCGACGUGUCUUUCCUGUUCGAGUUCUUCCAGGUCUGCGGUGUCCGGCAAGGUGUUUGUGAAAAUGUCUUAAUGAAAACUCCGUCGCGGCUCGCCCAUCUCACCGCCCUGUCGGCGAACAAAACCGCCCACAGCGCGAUUCUCCGGGACGUAAUCAUGCUCGAGAAUCAGAUCCCGCUGUUCGUGCUGAGGGCGUUGCUGGAGAUGCAGUACUCGUCUCUCGAUUCGGCAGACGAAGCUCUGCUCGUCAUACUGAAUGGGCUCAGUAUAGAGAUGAGCCCGUUCAGACCGGCUGCGCGGGCCGCCGCCCCCGCCGCCGAGGGCAACGGGGGCGGCGGCCCACGGAAAGUUCCAGUCAAGGAGUAUGCUCACUUACUGGACUUUCUGUACCAUUUCAUCGUGCCGUUUGAGGAAGAUUCGUCGCCGUCUGAAGAAAUAAUCGAAAUCGGCGAUGGCGAAGAAGAAGAUCGUGAUCAAAUCGAUGAUGUGGAGAAGAGUAAUUCGUUUUCGAAGCCGAGCCAUUUGAGACAACUUCUUGACGAGCUAUGGCGGAUUCUUUCGACCUUAGCGGAUGGUCCCGUAAAAUGGGUGAAGGGCGUCAUCUUCUCGAAACCGCUCAAAUUCGUUGUGAAAUUGCCGUGGACAAUCCUCACAAAAAUCCCAAUCAUCAAGAUGAUGAAAGAGCCGAUCGAACAGAUGUUUGCCGUUUUCCACAAGGACGACGACGAAAACGGCAAGAAAAAAGACGACGAACGCGAAUCGAGCUCCUCCAGCAACAGAACACUCCAGAAGCCACCGUUGCUGGAGGAGAUCACGAUCCCGUCCGUCACUCAACUAUCCGGAGUCGGCGUCCAAUUCCAACCGACCGACGAGGGCAUCACGGGCAUCAGCUUCGACGAGAAGACGCUAACUUUCUACUUCCCCGUCGUCGAACUAGACGUGAACUCCGAGGUUGUCCUGAGGAACCUAGUCGCGUACGAGGCUUGCAGUGCGCGGGGCCCGUUGAUACUAACGCGGUACACGGAGCUAAUGAACGGGAUCAUCGACACGGACGCGGACGCGAGGUUUCUGUGCGAGAAGGGGAUCAUAGUGAACCACUUGAAGAGCGAGAAGGAGGUGGCGGAGAUGUGGAACGGGAUGAGCAAGUCGGUGAAAUUGACGAAAGUGCCCUCGUUGGAUAAGGUGAUUGGAGAUGUGAACAAGUAUUACAAUGGGAGGUGGAAGGUUAAGUUUGGAAAGUUUAUGAAAGAUUAUGUGUUUGGUUCUUGGAGAAUACUAACUUUUCUUGCAGCGAUUAUGUUGUUGGCUCUCAUGAGUUUGCAGGCGUUUUGUCAGGUUUAUAGUUGUCGGAGAAUUCUGCCGAUCAAAGCUCUUGAGCCCCAACAAUAAUAUAUA